CUUUAUGUCGCGGAAAGCCAAAUCGAUUCUCAUGCUAACUAAUCCCCGAUUCAAACGCUCCCCUAAACUCUCUUUCUCUUUUAUUUCAGGUUGUUCAAUCUAUCGAGUGAUUUUGUGGUUUGCUGAGAGAUGAAGAAGAACGAUUGGCUAUUUUCGAUGAAUUCGGAUCCUGAUAUAUUAUUUUCUCUGGAUCCCUUUGCGUUUAACAAUUUUUUGGGGUCUAAUUUGCUGCAUUCGUUGGUGGAUAAUUCUAGAAACUCGUACGUUCCCGGAAGUUAUGCACUUCAAGAAGCAUUCGGGCACGUGUCAAGACUCGCUGGUGCGUUGUUGUUAUGGUUGUCUAGUGGGUCGAGUUCGAAUGUGGCUCAGGGCAUAGCACGUUCCUUGAAUGGUCCUCUUCCUGGAUUUGGAAACGCUACCACCGUGCAGGUUAAGCCUAUGUCUAAUGUGGCUGGGUUUGGUUUUCCUUUUCGAUCAAGAAGGAAAUCUUCUGCCCCUGUAACUUUGGCCAAGAUUUCAAGUUUUGCCAUGAGGUUGCUCUGGAGGGAAGCCAAAAGGCUUCAAUCAUACCCUGUUCUCUCAUUAGCUGCAGCAUUGGUACCCCCAAUUCAAAACUUGUCAUCAAAUGUACUAGCUGGCCCAUUGCAGAAUCCUGAUGUGCAAAUGAAUGGAGGCAUGAACCAAAUGCCUAGGGAGGUUGAACAACAAGGAUGUCCUCGCCUAUCCUUUCCCGAUUUGAACCAGGCAAAACCUGCAGUGGAGCCCAAAACCGGCAUUGAAUUUCCUGUGGUUCUGGACAAUAUAUCAGCUGGAGAACAGAACUCCAGCUUCAACUCUGAGGUCCUGGUUGGAACAGGAUCCAGAACCCUGACAAUAGUUAAAAUCAAGUCACUGAAGGUCUAUGCAUUUGGGUUUUAUGUUCAUCCAUACUCCCUCUGUGAGAAGUUGGGCCCAAAAUAUGCAUCAAUUUCUGCUGAUGAACUGAAUAACCGUCAUGAUUUCUACCAGGAUCUUCUCAGGGAGGAUGUUAAUAUGACUGUUAGGCUUGUUGUAAAUUGCAAGGGAUUGAGAAUUAACAGCGUGAAAGAUGCUUUUGAGAAAUCACUCCGAGCUCGAUUAGUUAAGACAAAUCCGUCCACAGACUUUCAUUGCCUAAAGACAUUCGGUUCAUACUUCACAGAGAAUUUCCCGAUACCUUUGGGAACAGUAAUUGAGUUCCGACGAACAGUUGAUGGACGUCUAAUUACUGAAAUUAGUGGCAAUCAGAUUGGAUGUGUCCACAGCAAAGAUUUGUGUCGGGCUUUCUUUGACAUGUACAUUGGAGAUGUUCCUGUGUGCGAACAAACUAAAAAAGAGAUUGGCAGGAACGUUGCAAAUAUUAUUAGGAGGUGUUAAAACGGUUCGUUUUCUGUCCCAAUUGUCCUGCUUUUAGAAUGGACAAUUGGGCAUGGGUGGCAUGGCAUAUACCCGCAUAGCAUAUACCCCUAGCUUAUAGCACAAAGCAGUGGUUUCAUGAAAUUGAUUUCAAUCUGUCUUGAAAAUCAUUCUCAGCAUUACUUCUCAAGGUUUGUCCUUUGAAUCAUAAAAGUUAUUAGGAUAUCUCAAUUUGGAUUCUCGUUGGAAAAUUCUUUCUGUUCCUAUUGAGAUAUGCAUCGCUUUGAUGCCUCUGUCCCUGAUAGAUGUAUAAUCAUAUUUACUUAGAUAAUGAAAGGAAAAUAAAAAUAAAAAAUGCAGACAAGUAUUGGUUCUGUGCUUCAAUUCUUAUCAUCA